UUAAUGUUUAUUACAGACAAAUUGUGAAUGAGCUGAAUGGCCCUGAGCAGGAUUCAAGAUGGAGUACAAAACUUCGGAAGUAACUGAACACCAGGAUAAUGGUGCUGUUAAUGGAGCAACAGUAGGGACCCGUUCAACCCGAAUUAUGGGACCAAUAAAAGAAGGAAGUGCUAGCGCUGUGCAGAUGGCCAGCGUGACAGGCAAUGAAAGCAUGGUGUUCCAGACAGGUGACAAUGCUGUCAUUAUUGUUGGAGACAAGAAUUCGGUGGACGCAAGAGAAAACCAACCUCCUGUGGAGCGUCCAGGCAGUGCAUCAGGCCUUACAUGGCGUAGCUGGUGUUGGAAAGACAGAACUUGCAAUCCAGUACGCAGAGAGGUACAAUGAGGAGUACCCAGGCGGGGUGUUCUACCUGUAUGCAGAAACAGCUGCGAGCAUAGACACCUGCAUGAGACUGAUUUUCAACAGACUAAGAUUAGACCUACAAGGAAAGGACAAGACUUCAUCCCAAAUUUGUGGCGAGGUGAGACGUUGGCUAGAGACGCACUCUGAUUGGCUCCUCGUUGUCGACAGUUGCGACGACUUGGCCGUGUUAAAGAUGUCCUUUCCAGCAGGGCUGCCCAAGCAAGGGGACGUUCUGAUGACAAGCAGGGAGAACAGCUGCAACCUCAGAAGGAACAACAUUCACGUCACCAUCAAGGUAGGCCUACUUGGUGAGGAGGAGUCAAUGCUGAUGCUGAUCAAAGGAACGUCUCGUCCAAUGACAAAUGAGGAAGCAAAACAACAGAUGAUCAAGCUGAACGAGGAAAACUCUGCUGAGUUUAAAGCCUUGAGAACCCUGGCAGUAGAGUUUCGAGGGCUUCCAUUGGCGCUACAGCAAGCUGUUGCCAGAAUCGGCUGUGGAACAAAUAGGAUGACAUUUCAGGAGUAUAAGAAGAUGUUUCAAGAAAGGACAUCUGAGUUGAAGGAUGCACUGCCUCCUUCAGAUACACAGGAGGACAAUCUGGAGGUUUGGCUAAAGUCAAUCCAACUUGACAAGCAUUAUCCUAAGCUGCAGGAGCUUGCAGGCAAUGAUCUCAGAUCAUUGUACAAGCUCAAACACGUAGACCUGCUUAGAGUUGGAAUGGAUGACGAAGACGUCGCCAUCUUUCAGGAAGAACUGGACACUCCAUCGAUCGAACAUCUGGCUCAGCCAAACAAGCACAGGGGUAGCGUGCUGACGGCCUAUUCCCUCACUGUGGACACACUCCCUCCAGCUGCCAGAGCUCUGCUGCGCUGUAUUUCCCUCCUCUCCAGUGACAAGAUUCCCGAGCACCUGUUUGUCUGGGGAGCACAUGCCGUACCGGAAGGGACGUUAAAAUCUUUCCUGCUUCCAAGUCCAUCAGUGAACUCUGAGUCAGGAGAAAUUGAAGAUAACGUCACGUCAAACCUGAAAGUAAUAUUGGAGACCCUAGAGCGCUGCUCCCUCAUCAGCCCAUGGCCUUUCCAUGCAGUCUGCUCCAAUGGCAGUCAAAAGAGGACAGCUGCAGCAAGGACAUUCAACAUCCAUCCGUUGUACCAAGAUGUCAUAUAUUGGCAGAUGACCGUUGACGAAAUGACAAGCUGCUACCUCGAAAUUCUUGCUUUACAGACCAAAGCCUUCCCGACCAAAGAAUUCUUUCAAGAUGGUGACAACUUCAACAAGAAGUUCAAGAGCAGCCAUCAGUUGUUGAUCCCUCACAUCACCAAGGCAUGUGAGAAGUUGUUCAAAUUGGAGAGAGAGAUGAAGCUUCGUGUCACCCAGAGUGCUGACCCACAUCCUCUCAUCGCAGCUGUGUGCAGCUGUUUCAGGCGCCAAGGGAAGGCAGAGAUGGCCAAACCAAUGCUGGAGGGAUCCCUGUCACUUCUAAUGGAGUCAGACGAUACAUUGCAGUUGGCAAUGGUGGAGAGAGAACUUGGACAGGUACUGGUGGAAGUGGAAGAGGACAGCGAAGCAGAGAAAAUGUUCGCUAAGUCUGUUGAGAUCCUGAGAGAGCAUAAAGUCACGGGGGAAACUCAUGACCUUGAACUUGGAAAAGGAAUUCAGUGCCUGGCAAGAUCCAUGUUCCUGCAAGAACAGCAUGAGCUCACUAACAGCCCAAGAAAGGAUGAAAUCCACACUCUACUGGAGGAGGCACUGAACUUGAAGGAACAGUGGAUGAAGGCUCAGGGGCUUUCAUGCCAUUGUGAACUUGCAGUGGCAUACCACAGCCUGGGGAUCUUCUACCAGGCACUCGAGUUGUGGAGCAAGGCUGACACACUUCUGAGACGAAGUGUGGAAAUGAAAGAGACGUUCUACAAAGGGAUACCGCACAUAUCUCUUGCUAUCAGCUACACCAACUUAGCUAGAAACCUGGUACUUCAGAGGAAGUAUGGCGAAGCCUUGCCGCUAUACCAAAAGGCGAUGGACCUGAAGAGACAAGUGUUACCUGAUACUCACCCCAGCUACAUACGUGGACUUGCCUACAUGAUGGGGAUUAGCGAAAUAACUGAAAAGAAGACAGAUGCCGAAAAUUAUGAGGAGGAGCUGCGACUGAAGCCCGACACGGAACGCUUUCUCCAGCUCAGGGGAGAUCCGUCUAUUUUCCAAGGUACGUUGAUGGAGGUUACAAUCAUAUGUUGUACCCGUCGGAAGGACCGUGUGGCUGUGAAAGAUCGUUUCGCUCUUCCGUGA